GGGUGAAGGGGGCCCGGGGGGCUGGCCGGGAGGGGCGGAGCUGGAGGCAGAUGCGGGGAGCAGAGCGCUUCCCUCCCAGCGCCCUGAUCAAAUUUCCAGAAGAAGAAGAAGGAAAAAGCAGCAAAGGUCCCUUCUCCGCUUCUCGGCCAGCCCGCCCCACUCGCGCCCCUCUGCCCGAGCCAGGAGCAACAUGAUUUGGAAAAGUCUCUCACUCUUUGCCCUCGUGGCCGUCGCCCGGCUGCACGCUGAGGAAGAGCCAAAGAGCAAAUCCAAAAUCUGUGCCAACGUUUUCUGUGGAGCCGGGCGGGAGUGCGCAGUGACGGAGAAGGGGGAGCCCACCUGUCUCUGCAUCGAGCAAUGCAAACCUCAUAAGAGGCCUGUGUGUGGCAGCAAUGGCAAGACGUACCUGAAUCACUGCGAGUUGCACCGUGAUGCCUGCCUUACUGGCUCCAAGAUCCAGGUGGACUAUGAUGGCCACUGUAAAGAGAAGAAGUCUGAGAAUCCAGUCGCAAGCCCAGUUGUCUGCUACCAGUCUGACAGGGACGAGCUCCGGCGCCGCAUUAUUCAAUGGCUUGAGGCUGAGAUCAUCCCAGAUGGCUGGUUCUCAAAGGGCAGUAACUACAGCGAAGUCCUGGACAAGUAUUUCAAGAGCUUCGAUGGUGGGGAUUCUCGCCUGGACUCGAAUGAGUUCCUGAAGUUUGUGGAACAGAAUGAAACUGCUAUUAACAUCACCACCUAUGUGGACCAAGAGACCAACAAGCUACUCAGGGGACUCUGUGUGGACGCCCUCAUUGAGCUGUCUGAUGAGAAUGCCGACUGGAAACUCAGCUUCAAUGAGUUCCUCAAGUGCCUCAACCCGUCCUUCAACCCACCAGAGAAAAAAUGUGCCCUUGAAGAUGAAACCUAUGAAGAUGGAGCUGAGACCCAAGUGGAGUGCAACCGCUGUGUCUGUGCCUGUGGGAACUGGGUGUGCACUGCCAUGACCUGUGAGGGGAAGAACCAGAAGGUGCCUGUAGGGGGGCAGCAACCCGAGGAGGAGCUGACUGAGGAGGAGCUGGCCAGAUACGUUCAAGAACUGCAAAAGCAUCAGGAGACGGCUGAGAAGACCAAGCGAAUGAGCACCAAAGAGAUGUAAGGGGCCUCCUCACUGGAGGAGCCCAAGGGACAGGCCAGAUCCACUGCCCUGUCCUUCAGCGCCGAGCUCAGUAUGCACAAGUGUCUGCUACAGUCGCCCAGUCACGGAUAUUUACGUUGUUUAGCGAUGAGGUUUUUGUUUUGUUAUUAAAAAAGGAAGCAGGGGAGGGGAGCACAGUCCACCUGGUCGGGGGAGUCACUGCUGGAGGCUGGUGAGGACAGGGGGGAAUUACAACAGCCUCCAGAAUACCCCUCACAGAGGACGUCUUAAGGCAAUGAGCAGGGAAUUCUGUGCCAAAAGGAAAACCUGGGGAAGGGGGAGGUAAGUGCUGGGGGGGGGGGCGUUAACCUCCUGGGAAUCUUGCAAUUUCUAGGGUUUAGUAUGCACCCACCUUGGCAGCAGGAACAUGUAAGGGAAAGUUCUGUGGCUGAGCAUGCAUCCUGUGGGGAACAAUCAGCCAGGGAUGUGGCCUUAGGUCACCACCAUCUUCUUGUCUUCCCUGUACCUUUCUGCCUUCUCCCAAUCUCCUCCUCUCCUGUUCUCCUUUCUGUCCUUUCCCCAUCCUCCCUGUCCACCUGGCACCGUCCUUCCCCCUCCAGCUUCCAUGGGACUCACCUCAGGCAUCUCCCCUUGGGCUAAUUGACUUUACUUGACUCCUGGAGUUCCUAGUGAGCUGCCCAGCAUGCUCCUCCCUGCCUGCAGCCAGCCAAUCCCUAGCUGCUCCUCCAACGCCUUGUGGGCUCCAAAGUCACACUAUUCCCUUUGAUGUCCUCCUAGCCCCCUAUCUCUCCAGUCCUCUCACAAAGGUGCUACAUUACCGUAUUUCUCUUAUCACACAUCCUUUUUUUUUUUUUUUUUUUUUACAACUUUAUUUUCUAGGGUAGCAACUGAGCUUUUGUAUUUUUAGGCAGUAGCUUUAGAUCUUUCAAGAAAGCAAAACGAUUGGUUUUGCUGGUUGCUUUUGAAAGUGCUGCGAUUCCUGUGCACGGUUUGCAUUUGCCUGUAUCCAGCACGUACAAUCAGAACAGCUUCUAAGUCCAAAGCUUCAGGGCACUUUUCAGCUUGGUGCUGCAGUGUCCCUCACAGUGGACAGGGUAUAGUAAAUAUAAAGGGGGUUCUUUACUGAGGCUGCUGGACGCAGACAGACCUUGUGGGUCUUUCUCUGGCUCUCUAGUUUGCAGACUAUCCCAUCCUGUGCUGCCAGGUUUUACUGCACGAGGUCUCCCUAAAUCACAUGAAUGCCUGGAAGGGAGCACAGGCUAAUACACUAAACAAAGGACAGGGGGACUGUCCAAUAUUUAGUUUGCUAUCUAGCUAGCCCUUUUAAUAUAUCUAUCAGCUGCAGCCUGCAAUGUGAGUGAUCAUCUCUCUCCCUCUGUCCAAUUCAAGGAUAAAUCAGCCAGAUUGUGUCUGGCCUGUAUUCUGAGGUUCCACCUGAAUUGGGUUAAGAUCAGGGACCUGCGCACGUCCCCCUCUGGCAGCCUUCCAGGCCUGUGUGCUCAGAUUAGUCCAUCUCUUACCAUUGUAGCUUUCCUUUCUGGAUCAUUUUCUUUUGGCCACUUUUUUUUUUCUCUGAACACUGGGCCUAGUUACAACUGUGAUACUCUUUGAGGGAAUGGUAUUGUGUCAGUGACCUCGUCCCCUCAAGCCCAAUGGGUUCUCCUGUUAUAUUCAACUUUACUUCAUAUACACACACAUACACACCCAUUUCCCUGUUCCAGUUAUGCCUUGUUGCACAUUCCCAGUCAUUACACUUAGGCUGAGUCAAGAUGAUUCUGGCUUCAGUCUUCUCCCUUUGAACGAUCACCUCAUGCCCGGCACUCCCUAGUGAUUACUCAAGCAAACCUCCCAUUGGCCUCAGUUAGAGUUAGUUCUGCUUGAGGCAAGAUGAGCAAAGUUGAGCUGUAGCCUUCCCUUUAUUCAAAGCGCUUUCCAGGCAGAGAAGGGGAAGAGUUAGUUAGUGUAGGGAAAGAAGAAAGCUUGAACUGUGGUACAGUUAUCGGCUAGUCUCUUGUACUGUUGUCUUGGUCUUGAUAUUGCCACUGUCUCUUCAUACCAUGGACUUCAGAGAGACAGGGCGAGACGCUGAUCUCAGUUACACCUGUGUAACUCUAAGGUAUCUCCAUUGACUUCAGUGCAGUUACUCCAGAUUUACACCAGCAGGAGAUCAGAAUCUGCCCACAGUGCUUCGAGGCUUUGGAAUAAUAAGACAGUGAGCUGAUUCUGCACUCAUGUUGGUGUAAAUCAGGAGCAAUGUCAAUGGCAUUACAUCAGAUUUACACUGGAGUAGGUGAGAGGUGAAUUAGUCCCUAGAACGCAGGGGGGGACGACACCCAGUUUGAGGGGGGGAAAAUGCUACUCUGGGAAUUCAGAGUGAAAUGAUUUUUGUUCCCUCUCCCUCAUUAGUGGUAUCAGAGGAAUUGGUUGGUGAGAUGGGAGUACCCGAUGGACAUGCCCCCUACUCUUCCCACCUACUCUACAAAUGGAUGUAUAGAGCACAUUGGGUCUGGAGUCACUGGCACACUGUUUUAAUUCUUUGCCUUAGUCUGAAAUAGUGAAAGUAGCUCAUACCUCCCACCUCCUUUCCUACCACCUUCCAGCUGAGACCACUUGCCCCAUUAAAGUGCCUUAGGGAAAAUGCAACAACAUGCCUUAAAAAGCAAACAUUUUCAUCAGUGGGAAGAACAGCUUAUUUCCCAACCAGUAAGAUCCCAAAGUAGGAAGGGUCAGUUGAGGAGCCAAGUAUGUGCAGUGGGGGGGGGGGAUAUCAAACUGUGGCUGAAGGCGUUAUGCAGUUUGCGGAGUUUUAUGCAACAUGGCCUGUGAGAAUCCUCCAAUGUACUGUAGGUGUGUAGGCUGUGGAGACUACAGGUCCCAGCAUGCAAUGCAGUCAGGCUGCUCAGGUCAACGUGGAACAUUGCAUGCUGUGAUCUGUAGUCUCAACAGCAUGACCCUAAUAAAACAGUAGCCACAAUCUGCUCCAAUUUAUGCAAAAUAUGUGGUACCCCCUGACAAGCCACAAGAGUGACCCUUGGUGAGGCAAAGUCUGGGCAUGUGAGAUUUCACUGCCACACAGAUCAAAGCAGGACAACUGGGGCAUAGUUAAUUGCUCUCUGUAGAGACAGGGCUGCCUCCUACAGAACCUUUUCAUUUCCUUUGUGUUCCCUAAGAAGAAAAAUAUCAUUUAAGAUGUAACAUGUUGAAAACAUUGCUGGUUUCAAGGGCUAUUGUACCCAAAUGGUGCAUGAACAUCUCGCAAGUCGAAGGGUGUGGCCCCAGUAUGUUAUAUAAGGAACAGCCCUACCCAGGCUGAGUGGUAAAAAACUGUAUCACACAACUGACUUUUCUAUCUCGAAUUCCUAGGGUGUGAUCUGGCCAGUGAGUCAGGAAAAUGCCAGUUCUCUGGGAUAUUCGCUGUAGAGUCUGCAAGGGGCGGGAAAGGCAUUUUUUACAAAGGCCAACACAAAAUAACCCCUUCUUUCUCUCUCUCUCCCUUGUGUAUGUGUGUGAAAUUUAUCAGUAUUCUGUAGGUUUCAUUCGUGCACUUAUGUUACUUGGUUUUGUAUUUUUUGUGGGGAGGGAGUUGGAUAUAACUGCCAAAUAAACAAAACAAAAUCAUAA